AUGCCACCCAGCGCCAUCAUUGCACCGUCGAUUCUGUCGGCCGACUUUGCCCAGCUCGGCGCAGAAUGCGCCCGCACAAUGGACCAGGGCGCCGACUGGCUCCAUGUUGAUAUCAUGGACGGCCAUUUCGUGCCCAAUAUCACCUUUGGAGCGCCCGUCGUUGCAAAGAUCCGCUCUCACGUUGACAAGCCCACGGAGAACCAUGGCCGAGGCACCUUUGACUGCCACAUGAUGAUUGCAGAGCCCAAGAAAUGGGUCAAGGAAUUCAAGAAGGCUGGCUGCGACCUGUACUGCUUCCACUACGAGGCGGCCUUCUCCUCCGCCGCCGAGAGCCCCGAGCAAAACACCGACGAGAAGACAAGCCCCAAGGCGUUGAUCCGAUAUAUCCAUGACCAGGGCAUCCUGGCGGGAAUUGCUAUCAAGCCAGAUACACCCGUGGAUGUGCUGUGGGAGAUUUUGGAGAACCCUGAGGAGAAGGAGAGACCAGAUAUGGUUCUCGUCAUGACAGUGCACCCCGGAUUCGGUGGCCAAAAGUUCAUGGCCUCCGAGCUGCCCAAAGUGCAAGAGCUACGAAAGAGGUAUCCCGAGUUGAAUAUCGAGGUCGACGGUGGUCUCGGGCCCGGGACCAUUGACCAGGCUGCCGAUGCUGGCGCCAAUGUUAUCGUGGCCGGCAGCGCCGUGUUUGGCGCAAAGGAUCCGGCUGAAGUCAUCUCACUGCUCCGGAAGUCGGUCGACGAAAGAAGCCAGAAGCUAUGA